GGUCUGCUCAACGCUGACAAAGUACUUUGUCAAGUAAUGGCUUACUCAUAUUCUGAAGAGGAAUAUUCACCCUCUGAUGAAGAUGUUCAGUCGUCCACUGAGACAGAAAGUGCCGCUGCGUCUGUGCGUAACGGCAGCGGGUCGGUGUGUCAUGACAGCCCACGAGCAGCACAUACUGGAGCCGAUGCUUUGCUUCACCGGGUCCGGGGAGGCAGGAAGGGACGUGAUGAGCCGCUGGUUCACCACCUCUCAGGGAAUCGCUGCAGCUGGACGCUCAGACUUCCUGGAAACGGCAGCAGACACCCGGUGCCUCUGACUUCAGCCUCUGUGGACGUUCUGGUCGAACAGAUCUGUCGGGAUCUGAACUGCGGUGGAGUUUAUCGUGUGAACAGAAGCAGCUCGGCUUCAAACUCCAGCUGCUUCCACCGCUGUUCGUACCGAGACCGACGGCUGCACAACUGUUCGGUGAUGCAGGGAGGAAACUGUGCUGUGAUCUCUGCAGCCGUCUGUGGGCACCAGGCGGUCCGGUUGGCCGGAGGUCCGGACCGCUGUGCCGGCCGGGUGGAGGUGUGGAGGGACGGCCGCUGGGGGACGGUGUGCGACGACGGCUGGGAUCUGAAGGACGCCGCUGUGGUUUGUGCUCAGCUCGGAUGUGGCUUCGCCCUCAGCGUGUCGGGUCAGGGAGGAUCCUUCCCCCCCGGGACCGGACCGGUUCUCCUGGACGAGCUCAACUGUACGGGCCGAGAGCAGAACCUGUGGAGCUGCCCGGCCGCUCAGAGCGAGUCCGACUGUGGACACAAGGAGGACGCUGGGGUCGUCUGCUCAGAGAUGCGGGCCGUCAGACUGAGCGGAGGUCUGGACCGGUGCUCCGGUAAGGUGGAGAUCCAUCGUAACGGCAGCUGGGGGACCGUCUGUGAUAACUGCUGGAACAAAGACAUGGCCUCCAUAGUCUGCUCCAUGCUGAACUGUGGCUCCCAGCCCGCCCAGUUCUCCCAGUUUGUUCCUCCGCUGGCCCACAACAACGGAACCAAGUGGUUCUACCAAUGCCGGUCCCACCAGAGUCUGUGGCAGUGCAAAGAGUUCUUCAACAGACCUCACCUGUGUGCCUCCUCUAAAGCUUCAGGUGUCGUCUGUAACGGUUCUCUGGGUUUUCCUUCAGUCACCACAGCUGUAACAUCUGUAGAAACCAGCUGGACCACUGGUUCCACCGCCGUCACUGAAGCCGUGGACUCUUUCUUUUCUAAUCCGGAGCUCCUCAGCAGCAUCUCAGUGUCUCUGCUGCUGCUGGUGUUUCUGAUCACAAACACCGUCCUGUGCUGCCAUUACAGACGACGGCACGCUUUCUUGGUGCAGCAGACUCGCUCCAACCCUCAAUCUGUGUCGUCUGAGAACCACCACAACAACUACCAGGAGGCUGUAAAUCUGGUCAAAGUCACAGCGAACCCUCCACAGACGGACGUCUCCUCCGACCCUCGACAUGUGUGGACGCAGCUUAGUAGCGUCGACAGCGCCUCAGUAGAUACAGACUAUGAGCAGUUUGACCCCAGCUCUGACCCGUCUGUCACUUUAUCCACCUUUCGCAACUCUCAGCGCUACAGGACCGACGUCAACCCUCUGGUGAGGCCGCCGGGGCUCGACCGGCUCUGUGAGGAAGGUCCUGAGUCCACGGCCGAGCCAGCAGCACAUUUUCUAGGUUAUAACGGCGUUCCUGUAGAGCCUCAGUACGCCAGAGUGUCCAAGAUCUCCAUCGACUCCUUUGAAACUUCGAGCACUUCGUCUGGAGAAUGUUACGAGAACGUGACCAGCGGCUACACCAACGUCAUCCCCGAUCCUGAAGCGGGUCAGUCGUCUGCCGGCGUCUUCAACCCGCUUUACUCAAGACAGAAAGCAAACCAGCAGAGUUCAGACGAAGACGAAGACGACAGCCUUUAUUCUCCUGUGAGUCCCGACUGAAGCCUUCAUCUGAAGACGACAGACGAGGUUACUUCAGGUCACAGAGAGGAGGAGCGACGGAAGAUCAAACUACGUAUUUUUAAUCUAUUAAUAUCUGAAAACAAACGUUAAUUAGAUUAAAACCGGACUCGGGUUGGAUCAAAACAUCUAAAUGUUGUUUUAACAGCAUUAACUGUGACUGACUUUUAAUCUACUUUUUACUAAAUAAUGGAUUCCUGAGAAGCAGAAUAAAUUUAAUGUGAAGUUGUUUAGACCUGCUGCAGUCGAUCCAUCACAGAGAACAAACUGAGGAUUUAUCCAGUUAAAAAUCUCAGAUUUUAUUGAUAUUUGGCUGCAAUAUCCGUUUCACUGGUGCAGUUUGGUUUCAAAUACCAAACCCUGGAUAUAAAUGAAGGAAAUUCAGAUGGACUGAAAAUGAAAAUAUGUGAUUUUGCCAGGCGUAAACUAACCGUGACGUCACCCGUUGGUUUCAACGCCGAGAAAAUGAAGCCCGGAUUUUGCUACUUCCUGGUCGCCGUUUUGGAUUUUUUGGAGCCAGUGACGUAAAAAGCGUCAUCAAACAGACUGGACCGGAGAGCAACUAGGGGCAGGAUUGGCUGAGGACUCUCUUAUCCCGCCCACAUUUUACCGCAGAGGCUUCUGUUGCUGUCUAUCAUGUCUAUCAUGCUGUCUACCACGCCCCCUGGCUCCGCCAACUUUAACGAUUUAUUUAAAAUUCAGUAUUGAUUUAUUUUAAGAUCAGCCACCUGAUCUCUCAUUUUGACCAUGAAAACUAACGGGAAAAAAAUCCUGAGCUGUAGAAAAUCAGUCUAUCAAAUUUUAUUUUCUCCAAAAAUGAAUUGGGGUCUAUGGAGAAAAAGCUUCUUGGAGCCAGCCCUAGUGGACGGCGUGAUAUUGCAAGUUUUUGACACUUCCGGGUGGGCUUCAAUUCUGGAGCCAGAUGCUACGUCCACUAUAUAUACAGUCUAUGGAUUUUGCUCAUUUUAUGCAUUGAAAAGCUGCAUUUUAUUCUGAAAUUCAUCUUUUCCAAACAUCCAGGAGCUGAAAACAUUCUUUACUUUCAGCUGCUUUUGGCUCCUUUUAAUAAGACUAAAGCUCUUUGGAAAUACAAAUUAGUGAUUUUUUUCUACAAUACUGACAGUUUACUGUUUUUAUCAGGCAUUUCUGUUUCUGUUCACCUUCAUAAUCAUAGAUCAGGUGUAAAAUCUGUUAUUGAUGUUUAAAUCAUCGUUAAUUCACUUUAAUCAACAUGAACAGCACAUUUUUCUCUCAUUUUUACACAAAUCACAAAGCAAACUAACGUUUUGAUGCCAUAAAGCGAAAAUGAAGCAAUUUUAGAUAAACUUAAAAGGGAAAUAUGUGAUUUUUUUUGCAUUGAAAAGCUGCAUUUAAUUCUCAGAUUCAUCUUGUCCGAGCAUCCAGUAGCUGAACUCUUAAAAACAUUCUCGACUUGCAGCUUUUGAUAAGACUGAAGCUCCUGGAAAUAUAAAUGAGUGACAUUUUCUCUACAAUACUGACAGUUUUGCAUUUCUGUUUCCAUGCAUCUUCAUAAUCACAAAUCAGGUGUAAAAUCAGGCUGUUAUUAUUGUUCAAAUCAUCAUUAAUUCACUUUAAUCAACACAAACAGCACAUUUUCAUCUAGAAUAUCGUUAAUUUUACUCAUUUUAACACAAAAUCAUGAAAUUUAGAUGCUGUGAAAUGGAAAAUAUGUGAUUUUGCUCAUUUUAUGCAUUGAAAAGCUACAUUUUAUUCUGAAAUUCAUCUCGUCUGAGCAUCCAGCAGCCGAGCUUUUAGACACAUUCUCUACCUGCAGCUGCAUUUGGCUCCUUUUAAUAAGAUUUAACCUCCCUGAAAAUAUGAAAUAGUGAACUUUUCUCAACGAUACUGACAGUUUGCUGUUUUUGUCACGUGUUUCUGUUUCCAUGCACCUUCAUAAUCAUAGAUGAGGUGUAAAAUCAGGCUGUUAUUGAUGCUUAAAUCAUCAUUAAUUCACUUUCAUCAACAUGAACAGCACAUUGUCAUUUCAUUUUAACACAACAAUCACAAAACAGUGAUACCAGUCGCCAUAAAGCAAACAGAAGAACAAACUUUAACCCUGUUUAGCUGAUUAUUUUCUUAUUAAUUCACAUUCUUAACAGAAACAAUGAUGAAUAAAAGCUCAAUAAAGUGCUUUAUGAAUGUUCUAUCUGUUAUUUUUGAUCAUGAAAAGCUGAAAAAAGUGACCAAGAUUAUAUUUAUAUUUAUACAUGUAAAUAUUCACUGUGAUGGAUUCACUUUCUCACGCAGUUUUCACGUCCUUUAACUUUAUUUCUUGAGCACACUGAGAUCACAUGAAAUAAAACUGAAGAUAAUCAAAUUAUCUUCAGGUUUUCUUCUAGAAUUAACUGUAAUAUAUGUAUGUUUUUUUUAAAGUGUAAUAUUUAACUGUGAAGCAGUUUGCUGUAAUAAUUCAAAUGUUUUCUGUUCAUAUCAGUCUGUGGAUAGAAGUAAAAUCAAACUAUUAAAUUGUUUUUUUGUUUCCAAACCACAAAUAAAACAAACAUAUCAGGUGUCAGAAUAAAAAAACUAUUUAAAAACCA